GAAAUGUCUAAAGAUAGAACUUUUUCAAUGAGCAAGAGUCAACAAGCUGAACAUCAUAUUUUUGAACUUGUAAAUGAGAACAAGUAUAUUGUAAUUGAAAAGAAAGAUGCCAAUGUGGAUAAACACACUGAGGAUAUGUAUAAAUCACAUGAAUUCGAUAGAAUUCCUUGUUUUAUUUUAUCAAAUAAUUUGAAUGAUUUUCAAUUAUGUAUUAAAAAUACUGAAACAAAAGAAUGA